AUAUAGCGAAAGAUCUGAAAUUUAUACGCGUAGAUUGAUAUUUACAUUAUAAGUCACGGCUAAAGUAGUAUAAGGCCAGACAAUAAAACGUAUAGGUAGUAUAGUAUAGUAUAAUUUGUAAAUGGAAGGUAAUCUAUAUAACCAACCAGUGGUAAUAGACAAUGGGUCAGGAAACCUUAAGGCAGGAUUUGCUGGAGAAGAUAAGCCAAAAACAUAUGCUUCUGCUAUUGUCGGACGACCAAAAUAUCCUCGAAUAAUGACUGGUUCAUUAUUACCUGAAGUCAAUACAGAUGGUGGAGCAAGUGGAGGUAAAGAGGAUACAUUUAUAGGUAAUUUAGCUCAAGAAUAUCGAGGAUUACUUCGAUUAAAUUAUCCCAUAUCUCAUGGAAUAGUUGAAAACUGGGAAGAUAUGGAAUUAAUUUGGAAUCAUACAUAUCAACAAGAAUUGAAGAUCAAUAGUCAGGAUCACCCAUUAUUGAUAACAGAAGCACCUUUGAAUCCUCGAAAGAAUCGUGAUAAGAUGAGUCAAAUCUUAUUCGAACUGUUUAGUAUUCCAUGUAUAUAUAUUUCCAUUCAAGCAGUUUUAUCAUUAUAUAGUAGUGGAAGAACUACUGGGGUUGUUAUUGAUAGCGGAGAUGGUAUAAGUCAUAUAGUACCCGUAUAUGAAGGAUUUUCGUUACCAACAUCAAUAAAACGUUUGGAUAUUGGAGGUAGAGAUAUAACUGAACAGUUGGGAUAUAAUUUACGUCGUAUGAUUGGAGUUAAUUUGACUUCAAGUAGUUCUGAAUUUGAAAUAUUACGAAUAAUUAAAGAAAAUUGCUGCUUUAUAUCAAAAGAUCCUAUAAAAGAUGAAAAAUUAUAUUCAUCAAUUGCAUAUAGUACCGCUAGAAAUAGCGGAAGUUAUAAUAAUAAUGAGAAUUUAACAGUCUAUAAAUUGCCAGAUGGUAAAUCAUUACCAAUUGGAGUUGAGAAAUUCCGUUCUCCAGAAAUCUUAUUUAACCCUCAAUUAAUAGGUAAUGAAAGUGCUGGAAUACAUGAUUUAAUUACAUUAGCAAUUGGCAAGACUGAUUUAGAUCUAAGGCCUAUAUUGUAUCAGAAUUUAAUUUUAUCAGGAGGUAAUACGCUAUUGAAAAACUUUGGUGAUCGAUUAUUGCUUGAAUUAAAGAAUUCACAAUAUCAUCAGCAAAAUAAAAUGAAAAUAAAGAUAUAUGCUCCACCAGAAAGAAAAUAUUCUACUUGGAUAGGAGGUUCUAUCUUGGCUGGAUUAUCGACUUUCAAAAAGAUGUGGAUUACUCAUGAAGAAUAUCAAGAGAAUCCUGAUAUUGUACAUAUUAAAUGUCUUUAAAUAAUAUAAAUUAU